AUGGCAACCCAUUACUACUCGCCGGCAUCUUCCCGAUUCCUGGCCGGAGCACCCAAAUUCAGCCCUCCCCCAGCCAACAAAACAUUUUCUUUAAGAACAUUAUCGACGGCGAGAGGACCGCCCUUCACCCUCCCCAACUGGAGGUCCGAACGAAAGGACCCCAAGACCCGGGAGCUCAAGCUCAUCGACGCCUUCUUCUACCUGGAGCGCAUGGAGGGUAAACUCGCCGGUGUUGCACGAACUAGGAAUCGCCGGAGGAGGAUCGCGUCGGGGUGGCUGUUCACGGGCGGAGGGCGAUCAAAAUUCGGUCGCGAGCCUGUGAAAUCCUUUAAGAAAAAACUCGAGAAGUCUACAAUCGGUAGUGCCUCUGCAAACGAAACUAGAUUGAUUGCGCUCCACAACUCAGCCACCAGUGUGGAGCUGCUGCUUGGCAUUCAGUUCGAAUUAAUUUGGGACCGAGGACACUACUCCACCACAGGCGGCGGCAACCGCCUUAAGAGUAAAAUCAAAUGCGACCAUCGGCGAAGCACGGCGGGGCGGACAAGAAUCGCGGGAUCAGCGGUCACGUUCUCACCCUCCAUCAACGUCUUGACCAUGCCCUCAACCUCGGCACCUGGGAGAGCAAAGAGACAUGGUAUUGUCCGGACAUUGAGAUACAAAAACUUGUGCUUCGCGCAAUUGAUGCGUUCCUUGAAUGUAUCUCCGGAUUCAGCUGCUAACAUGGUCAGAGCAUUAAAAAGUAUACUAGAAUUCAAAAGUCAACCAGUAUUGAGUUUUGCCUCUAGUGUCACUGUCAAGAUGGUUAACGUUUUGCCAAACUCGCGCCUGCAAAUUCAUGUUUCAGAUCUGAUCCUCCCUUUGGCAAAUCUUUUGUGUUCUCAACAACUUCAGGUUGCUAUGUCGAGUGCUACUGCCAUGAACAUUGUUUUAUAUAAACUAAGUUCUAGGCAUGAUGGUGAAGUUGGGCAGAUUUUGAAGGAAACAAAUGCAGUUGGUUAUAUUGUUCAUAACAUUAAGCAAUUUCGUGUUGAUGAUAAACCAAUCGAGUACUUUCAAGAGAUGGCUUCUGUUUUAAGUAAAAUAUUGUUGCGGUGGCCAUCUUUUAGAUUCAGUGUGUGGAAUGAUUCUAUGUUCUUAAACAUUUUGGAUGCCGUCAAACUCAUGUCUGAAAAUUCAGUGAAAUUUGCUGUGCUUCAGUUAUAUUCUUCCAUAGUUCUAUGUGGCAAUGGAGCAGAUAAGCUUCUUGAAAAUGGGGAAGCACUUCUACAAAUGUUGGUUGGCUGCAUGAAAAGUUCAAUUACUAGUUCAGUCCGCUUAGAAGCAUUUAGACUUGCUCGAUAUUUGGCGCUCAGCAGAAGACGAUGCAUAAAAAUGAUGAGCAUAUGCUGUGAGCCCCUUGUCCAAGUUGUAACAAGUGUGAUGAACAAUUGGAUUUCACUGUCUGAUAAAUCCAAUAAAGACCAAUUAUCUGUUAUGGAAGAGGCAUGCCGUCUAGCAACUGUCACUCGCUGGGCAGGUGAUCACCACAGAUACUUUUGGAAAGUUGGCGUGGAUAGACUUCUCCUCCAUCUUGUUCUGGAAAAUUCUCCCGUAAUUCAUCACCUGCAGCGUAAUUUAUCUCUGAAUGAUCUAAUAUUUAUUGUGCGAGCAAAUUAUAAUUCCAAUCUGCUUCAUCCCUUUAGACCAUAUAUAUGGGAUAUUAUUGGAGGACUUGCAGCAAAUUGUGGCCCCAAAAAUAACAAAUUUGAGUUGCACGGGAAUGAACGUCACCUAAAUGUCCUUAUAAUAUGUGCAUGUUUGUCCUUUGUUAACUCACUUGGGACAUUGCACCGUGUUUCCCAGACGGGUACAACAAAUAUGAGUGAAUGUGAAUCAGCAAGUAGGGCAGUUCUUAUGAUGGUUUAUUCCCCUUGCAAAUAUUUUGCAUCCCUGGCUAGGUCCAUACUAAGUGAGAUACUCAAGUUGGAGACUAAGGGUUAUGUUGGACACUUGCUACAGAUUCUGAAUACUGGAUUGUCAGGAAACAAGUUUGGACUUCCUGGAAACCUUCAAAUUUUGUUGACGUUAAUGAGUUUGGCUUGCUAUUGCAGUCUACCAACAUAUCAGAAGCUCAUAAUUAGAUCCCAGGGGAUCAAAACUGUGGUGGAUUUCAUUGUGAGAUGGUUAAACAACCCUGUCCGAACAAAAAGAGAAAGUAUGGUUUCUCACUUGCGAGAUUCAUUCAGUGAGAAGACUUGUUGUUUCCCAUGUACAGAAGAUUGGGAAGGCGAGGACGUGCUUUUGCUUUUUAGCCUGUGGGUUCUUGCCGAGUUGCUACAACUCUCUACUUGUGUAGAACUUCAUCCAUUUUUUCACAUGGAAGAGCAUUCUGAAACAAAAUUUAUUCAGAAAAUCCAGGAGAUAUGUGGAGACAAUUAUUCGCAUGGUUCAAGAUGGUAUGCUGCAUACGUGCUUAGCUAUUUUGGACAUUUUGAUUUGCCGAGUAAAUUGGGAAACAGGAUUGGAAAAUCACUUGGUCAAAAGGAGCAUUCUGAUUUGAAGCUCGAUAUUAUUAACGAAGAAUCUGUCUUUGUUCAUGAAGUAAUUCUUGCUGUAAGAUGUCCAUCAUUACUACCUCCUAUUGAAUCAGUUCCUAAAGCGGAGUCAACAAGCAGGCCUAAUAUAAAGCUGGAUAUGGGGAGAAACAACGUAAAGGCAAUUCGUUUAUCAGCUCACGUGGACCAACAGUCACUGUGGAAAUUGUUGGAAUAUGUUUAUUCAGGAUACUUGCAAGCUAGUGCAGACCUAGCUAAGAAGCUGAAAAUUCUUGCGAGGCACUGUAAAUUGGAAUCUCUGAUGCAGUUGCUUAGUUGGAGAAAUCCAAAAUGGGAUUUCCCUGUAACAAACUUUGAUCUUAGACCUGCGCUUGGGCCAGCUGGAUUUUAUCUUUCGGAUCUUAUCUUGGAAGCCGGCAGCACACCUCAACUGGUCAAUUGGAAAUGCAAUGGCUGCAGUGCUUUGGUUCCUCAUCUACAUGUUCAUAAAGUGAUAUUGGAAUCAUGCUGUGAUUAUUUGAGGGCUCUAUUUCAAUCGGGAAUGCAAGAGAGUUGGUUCUAUUCCGAUCGGUUGCCUGUCCCUGCUUUCGACUGUGUGUGGGAUAAUACUGCCCCAGAGGAUAAACUUCUGCAAGUCCAGUCAUAUUUGGAGCUUUGUUGGCUUGCUGAGUUUUGGCUCAUGGAGGACCUUUAUGAAGAAUGUCAUAAUGUAGUCGUGUCUUGCUUAGAUUCUUCCAAGUACCUGUCUACCAAAUUUAUUCAAAUUGCUGCUGAUUUCUCCCAAUGGAAAUUGGCUCAAGUGGCAGCUGAUCACAUGGCGCCUUUGUAUCACCAUCUACGCAAUUCCGGCGAGCUUGAUGCACUAAACGACAAUCUCAUUGAGAUGGUACGUGUGGCGUCUGUUAGACUUUCUCGAGAGGGCAGUCUAAACUCCAGUUGA